UUCUCAGCCUUCUCAAGGUCGUGUUCCUAAUAAGAUACAUUUCCUGUAACUAAAGUUGCUUGCUAAAGAAUUUCCCUAUCUGCUAAUUGGCGCUAUGUACCCUGGGAAAAAAGUACAUAAAAUCAAAACAAUUAUACGCCUUUUACUCGUGUCCACAUUUUUAUUGGUCAAUGUAAAUACACCCUUUGCUUUUUUAUACUGAUGCUCAAUGCAAUAAAGAAGAGUCUGUUUCCCCCAUAUCUUUUUGCCUGUAAUUUUUUCCUAUGAGAGAGACACUCUCCUGGCGCCAGAGAAGGUGACACAAACCAAGGUGGAACUAAGGCACUAUAUGCCAGGGGUAUAUAGUGAGGAGUAGCAGAUCCUUUCAGCUGGGGGCUCGUCCGGGAUCGAGAAGGUCAACCCAAAAGUCCGAACUCCUCCCCCUCCUCACAAUGCUCCGCCUCUUGCACAACACCAACUGCAGUGUCAUCUGGAGAGUCCCCAGCAGAGGCGCCACCACCAUCACAGAGCGGAUUAAGAGAGAUGAGAGGCGGCGGCGUCAGCAGAGUCACCUGGAGGAGGGCAGUGCUCAGGCGUCACCAGGUAACAGCCGACGGUGGAGAGACAAAGAGACAAUUGAGUAUGAAGGUCGUACUGCACCAGGAGAAAAGAAAGAUACUAGUAAUCCGCUUCCUGCAGCGUACAGUCCACGUUAUGUCGAGGCGGCAUGGUACGCCUGGUGGGUAAAGCAAGGAUUCUUCAAGCCGGAGUACCAGAGUCAUCUCCCCCAUGCCAGGCCUGAGGUCUUCUCGUUGUGCAUCCCUCCGCCCAACGUCACCGGCUCCCUCCACCUCGGCCACGCUCUCACAGUAGCCAUCGAGGAUUCUCUUGUGCGUUGGAGGAGGAUGCUGGGUCAGAAGGUCCUGUGGGUGCCCGGUUCAGACCAUGCAGGGAUUGCCACCCAGACUGUAGUAGAGAAGAACCUUUACAAAGAACGAGGCGUCUCCCGUCAUGAUUUGGGUCGAGAGGACUUCCUGAAGGCUGUGUGGGAAUGGAAGGAGAGUAAAGGGGACAGGAUUUACCAUCAGCUGACCUCUCUGGGCGCCUCUCUGGACUGGGACCGCUCCUGCUUUACCAUGGACAAGCAUUUCUCCCGUGCGGUCUCUGAAGCCUUCAUCCACCUCAGUGAGAGCGGCUUGGUACAUCGCAGGCAUCGCCUGGUCAACUGGUCCUGCGCCCUGCGAUCAGCCAUCUCGGAUAUUGAGGUGGAGAGUCGGCAGCUGACUGGUAAAACCUACCUGACUGUGCCCGGAUACUCGAGGAAAGUUCCCUUUGGGCUCCUAUUCAGCUUUGCUUAUCCCACUGAGGAAGGAGAUGGUGAAAUUGUUGUGGCCACCACCCGGCCGGAGACUAUGCUGGGGGACACUGCUGUGGCGGUCCAUCCGGAUGACCCCAGAUACCUGAGAUUCCAUGGGAAGAAUCUUCGUCACCCCUUCACUGGACGAUUACUUCCCGUUGUCACCCAUCAGCUGGUCAGCCCAGAGUUUGGUACCGGAGCUGUAAAAGUCACCCCCGCCCACAGCUUGGUAGAUUACGAGAUGGCUCAGGACCUGGCACUGCCCUCUGUAUCUGUGAUCGGGGAAGAUGGAGCCAUGACGGAAGCCAGUGGGGAUUGGAUUCAGGGUGUGAAUAGAUUUGAUGCUCGGGACCAAGUUGUGGCUGCACUGAAGGAGAAAGGGCUUUAUAGAGGAGACACUGAACAUUCAAUGCUGCUUCCUAUCUGUAGUCGCUCUGGUGACAUAAUUGAACACUUACUGAAGAGCCAGUGGUUUGUGAAGUGUGAGGAGAUGGCCCGGAAGGCUCUAGAGGCUGUGGAGUCCGGACAACUGAAGAUCACUCCAUCCUAUCACCACAAGAAUUGGAGGAAUUGGCUCUCAAACAUCAGUGACUGGUGCAUCUCACGGCAGCUGUGGUGGGGACAUCAGAUUCCGGCGUAUCUGGUGACCGUGUCUGUGGAGCCGUCUGUCCAGGAUGAUAAAACUGAAAGUAAAGAAUUCUGGGUAGCAGCUCACAGCGAAUCAGAAGCCAGGAAGAAGGCCGCCAGGGUCUUAGGAAAACCAGAAUCUGAGCUCAUCCUUAAGAGAGAUGAAGAUGUUCUCGAUACCUGGUUUUCAUCAGCUCUAUUCCCAUUUGCUAUGCUGGGAUGGCCGGAACAGACUAAAGAUCUUCAGGAUUUUUACCCCAACUCUCUGUUGGAGACGGGCAGUGACCUCCUGUUCUUCUGGGUGGCCCGGAUGGUGAUGUUGGGAGAACAGCUUACUGGGCAGUUACCAUUCCGAGAGGUGUUCUUGCACUCAAUGGUCCGAGAUGCUCACGGCAGGAAGAUGAGCAAAUCUCUAGGAAAUGUUCUUGAUCCUCUGGAUGUGAUGACGGGAAUUUCCCUGGAGGACCUCCGGGGAAAGUUAAAGGAGGGAAACUUGGACCCACGAGAGUUAAAAGUAGCCGAGUCUGGACUGAUUAAGGAUUACCCCCAUGGCAUUCCUGAGUGCGGCACGGAUGCCCUGAGAUUUGCCCUUUGCUCUCAUAGAGUUCAAGGUGAUGACAUUAAUCUGGAUGUGGCUUCGGUUCUCGCUGUGCGACAUUUCUGCAACAAGGUGUGGAAUGGGGUGAAAUUCACGCUGUCUGCGCUGGGGGACGGGUUCACUCCUCUACCGGUGGAUGAGCUGAGGCCGCAGGCUCCUCUGGACCGAUGGCUGCUGGACCGACUGCGGCAUCUGACUGAGGAGUGCGAGAAGAGGCUCCAGAGCUACGAGAUUCACCAGGCCACUGCCGCCAUUCACAGCUUCUGGGUGAAGAACUACUGUGAUGUGUAUGUGGAAGCUGUGAAACCCAUUCUGAAGGGGCCCGGGGGCUCUGACGCUCGGCAAGUUCUCUACUGGGGGGCAGAGGAGACUCUUCGACUUCUUUCGCCCUUUACCCCUUACCUCUCAGAAGAACUGUGGCAGCGUUUGCCUCCGUCUACCUCAUGGCACGCGCCCAGCGUCUGUGUGGCUGAAUACCCCAGACCCCAACACACGGCCCAUUGGUCGUAUCCUGAGGAGACGCGGCGUUUUGACUUUGUGUACUCUGUGGUCAGGACUCUGCGCAGCCUGAGGAGCGACUACAACUUGACUAAGGCCAGACCUGAAGUCCGUAUCUCCUGCUCCCGGGAAGACGACCUGCUCUCUCUCCAGUCUUUCCUGUCUCCCCUGCAGACCCUCGCGUUCUCAGGCUCCAUUCGCAUUUUCCACUCGGGGGCGACACCUCAGGAGGCCGGGGGUGGCACAGGCUGGGCUUCCGGAGAAGUGACUGAUGACUGCCAUGUUUACAUGAACCUGAAGGGAUUGGUGGAUCCAUCCUCAGAGCUCCACAAGCUGCAGUCUAAACUGAAGAGGUUAGAGGUCCAGAUGAAAGGGAAGAAGAAAGAAGAGGAGGAGGAGGUGGAGGAGAAUUCUCUGCAGACAAAAAUCUCAAGAGUAAAACGUAUAAUAAAGACCUUGGAGCAGAUGUCCUAGGAGGGGAUGAUAUACUCCGCACUGAUUCGCUGUAUGACCAGAGCGCGCUGCACCACUGCCGAGGUGACGCCAUAAGAUUGUCCUCUCUAUCACCCGCUUGGCCUUUUCCUGGUCUUCCUUUUUCGUCACUGUGUUUAUAUUGUAAAAAUUAGAAUUCUAAUACAUUUUAUUUAUUUAAAA